UCAUCUGGUGAACGAACAAGCAGAAGAACGAGACCUGACCUGACCUGACCUGGGAAGGUUGAUUCUGCUCUCACUUAUUUAUUCAUCAUCAUAUUCUCUCUCUCACUCACUCUCUCACAGCUAACCAUGUCUUCUCUCUUGGAUGAGUCCAGGGAGCACUUGCUGGAGGUGGAUGGCUACGCCAAUGGAAAUGGAGGGGAACAGGAACAUACCAAACCCAAAUUCCAGAUACGAAAUCUGACCAGAGUCUCCGACGAUGGAGUUCACAUACUCAAAGGCAUCAACGUCGAUAUCCCUAAGGGUGUCAUCGUGGGGAUCAUAGGCCCCAGUGGUAGCGGCAAGUCAACGCUCUUGAGGGCCUUAAACCGCCUCUGGGAGCCACCCUCCGCCUCCGUCUUCCUCGACGGCGCUGAUAUCUGCGAUCUCGACGUUCUCUCCCUCCGCCGUAAGGUUGGCAUGCUCUUUCAGCUCCCCGCCCUCUUUGAAGGCACAGUUGCAGACAAUGUGAGGUAUGGACCACAACUAAAAGGGAAAAAGCUAACCGAUGAUGAGGUGCGCAAGUUGCUGAUAAUGGCGGACAUAGAUGCUUCUUUCCUGGAAAAGUCUGGUGCUGAGCUCUCUGUGGGUCAAGCUCAAAGAGUUGCACUUGCCAGGACUUUAGCUAAUUCACCAGAGGUUUUGCUGCUGGAUGAGCCAACUAGUGCGUUAGAUCCAAUAUCCACAGAAAACAUAGAGAAUGCCCUGAUGAAGCUGAACAAGACUCGGGGCAUGACAGUGAUCAUGGUCUCUCAUAGCAUCAAACAAAUCCAGAGGAUAGCUGACAUAGUGUGCCUGCUCGUUGAUGGUGAAAUUGUUGAAGUUCUUAGGCCUGAUAAACUCUCUGAAGCCAAGCAUCCCAUGGCACAAAGGUUUAUUGAACUCAGUUCUUAGGGGGUCCUAACCUAAGUAUUGUAAAAUUCUGUCUCCACUUACGGGGUUUAGAACUAUGAGUAUGUCGUUGAAGACAAUUCUUAAAGCCAAGAUGAUAUACUUGCUUAUUUAUAUAUGUUGCUUUCCAUUAAGGCAGGUUGAUCACAUUUUCCACUUAUAGAAAUGUGAUAUUGCAGGAUGUCAUCAACCUGCAAUACUUAUAGAUGUCCACAUAUGCCGGAGGAGUAGUUAUACUACUGAUUUACAUGUAGUGGCUGUUAGUGUAUAAUAAUGGGAAUGGUCAAACAUUAGGGUUGAUAUUUUUUUUUCUAAUUAAUUGGAGGAGUUAAAUGU